AUGGCCUCUUCUUCUAAUAGAUCUAUGGAAGCUGCUCAUGAGGGUUCAAAUAGCUCUCACACCCAACCUCACUUACUGGAAGGGGUUGGAGAAUAUUUUUUUGAUCUUAAUUUUUCUCGUAUUAGUGGGUCUGAAGUGGGAAGUAAGCAAGGUGCAAGAGUUAGGCCACAUCCUUAUAUGAGUCAUAGUGCUCCUGUUGUUGAUCCUCCUUUUCAACAACAGACUGAUUUCUUUCGUCACUUGGCUGGAACAAUAUCCGACCAUAAUGAAAUGAACUUUGAGAAAAUAAGAAAAAUGGGUGGAGUUGAGUUUGAAGGCACUAUUGAUCCUACUGAUACUGAACAAUGGCUUGAGCGUAUAAAGAGAGAUGCUUAUGAUUGGUGGGUAAGUGUACCAAAUACCAAAGCAAAACCUCCAGUGCUUACUUGGGAUGAUUUUGUCAAAGAAUUCCGUAAGAAGUAUGUCCCACAUGCUUAUCGUGAUGUGAAGAAAAAUGAGUUUCUAGAUUUAAAGCAAAGGGGUAUGUCUAUUGCUGAAUAUCAACAAAAGUUUCUCAGGCUUUCUCGUUAUGCUAGAGGUAUUAUCGAUGAUGAAAAAUAUAAGUGCGGGCGAUUCGAAGAUGGUUUGAAUGAUUCUAUCCGAAUGUCUGUGGCGGUCCUGCAACAUGAAAUGUUUUCCAAACUAGUUACAGCUGCUCAUACUUGGGAAAGAAUUGAUAAUGAACAAGCUCGUAGAAAUGGAAACAAGUUCAGAAAAGCUAAUUCAGAUAAUGUCGGUCUAUCCAAAAGGGGGAGGUUUUACAAUUCCAAGACUGGUGGUGCUCGCAGGUCAGCUCAGCAUAAGCAAAAUAGAUCAAAUUUUUCUACUGCUAGCACUCCAAGCUAUAGACAAGGCAUGACUCGUAUACCCACUUGUGCAGAGUGUGGAAAGAAUCACUUUGGUUCAGUUCAAAAAUCUACUGCCGCUCCUUCUCAAAAGAAUAGAGGUGCGAGAUCUAGAAAUACCCAAAAUGCAGGUGCAAGUGGAGCUAUGCAAGCCAGUGGGUCAAGAGCUACAACACGAGCUUAUGCUAAGAGGCAGAGGGAUGACCAAGAUGGGGCAUACGUGGUUGUUGGUAAAUUUCACUUAUUUGGCUUAUGUGUUGUUACAUUAUUUGAUCCAGGUUCUACACAUUCCUAUGUUUGCUUGUCACUUGUUUUUCCUGAAAAUGUGAAAUCUGUGAGACUUGAUUGUGGUGUUCUUGUCAAAAAUCCUUUAGGUCAUCAGGUUGUUUGUAAUCAGAUCUAUCGAGGUUGUCCCUUCGAGAUUCAAGAUAUAGUCUUCCCUGCUGAUUGA